AUGAAAUGGGUUCAAUCUAUUUCGUACCUGAUAAAAUCAUAUUUAUCUCAACAUAUCUCAACCACUAAUCUACGAAUAGCUGCAUUUGCUGUCGCCUUAUUUUCCUGUCUUGUAUCAGGAUCAAUUUUACUAUUCACUUUAUUUGGCCCAUCUUUUCAUAAUGUGCUUGGACUUUCAUAUCUUGAAAUAAACUGGAUAGCUUCCUUAUCAGCAGGUGGGAUGUACUUGUGUCUUCCUGCUUUGGGCUACUUAUCCGACUGUUAUGGCCCAUCCGUAUUGUCAUUUUUAUCCGUGUGGUUCUUUGUUCCUAGUUAUGCACUCAAUAGUUAUUUGGUACAAAUUGGAUGUAGUAAAUUGGCAUUGUAUUGUGGGUCAUUUUGUUUGAUUGGGUUGGCUACUUCCUCAUUGUAUUUUUCAAGUUUGUUAACUUGUGCAAAGAUUUUCCCCAAACAUAAAGGAUUGGCUAUAUCGUUGCCUGUAACUUGUUAUGGUUUAAGUGCAUUACUUGGAUCACAAUUACUCAAACUCGGCUAUUUUAAAAUGAUUUAUCGAUUGGAUACAGAGAUGUUGGAUUUAGUUAAAGUGUUCCGGUUUUUUGCAUGGUUGUAUUCAUUUGUUGGAGUGUUGAGCUUUAUAUCUAGCUCCAUUGUUCUUGUUGAACAGGAUGUCAUUUUUGAUUUAGAUGAGACUGAUGCUGAUGAUUCUACUUCUUUAUUGCACAACGAUUUGACGCCUCAAAGAUCAACAAGAUCGAUUGAUCCACCAAAUCACAAAAAGAGAUUUAUUUUAUUUUUAAGAGAUGUAUCCUCAUGGGUGCUCUUAAUUUCACUCAUUAUGAAUAUUGGUCCUAUGGAGAGUUAUCAAAACAAUUUAAGCUCAAUUGUUGCCAUUUUAGAACCAGUGAAAUCAGAAUCCAACCUUUCGGAUAAAGUCAGUGUGCUAGCCACUUCAUCAACCAUAGCUAGAUUGGUAUUUGGCGGAUUGAGUGACGUGUUGGAAACUAAAGGGUACAGUUCAAUUACCCUCUUAUUAGCUUCAGUGGCCUGCGGUAUUGGUGGACAAUGGUUUAACAAUGUUGUACUUAAUGGUAUAUCAUACGGAGGAAUGUUUACCAUUUACCCCACUAUAGUUGCAUCAGUAUGGGGUAUCGAUAUCAUGGGCUCUACAUGGGGUUCAUUUAUGGUUGCACCAGCAAUGGGCUCUAUCAUGUUUUCCCUAUUUUAUGGAAAAAUCGCUGAUGCUGGUCAAAAUGGGAAUGAUGUAGAGAGGUUACAAAUUUAUUUCAAGGCUACAUCGUUUUCAUUGUUUGUGAGUUGUAUAUUAGUGUUAACAGCUUAUAGAAUAUGGCGCAAAAGGGGCCAGUCAUGGUAG